AUGGAGCGCGAGGAAGGAUGGCUUUCUCGUCUUUUACGCUUCAGAAAAUACCUCCCUAGCAUUGCUACCUUAAUCACGGGCGUGAUUAUGCCUAUCCUGUCUGCUCUAGCAGGGAAAACCUUCACUUUCACUGUCUUUCACUGCCCUUGCACCUGGCCAGAGAAUGCAACGUCUGCAUAUCAGUUUCUACGUGUACCAGCUUUGGUGUUGAUUGCUUUAACUUUAAUGAUACAGGCACGUUCGAUUCAUAAAUUAGCGAUUAUUCUUUCUGGCGAGUGUCUGUUAAUAUUUCGAUGGCUUUUUUUUGUCCCAAUCGUAAUAAUAAUGAGAAAUAGCACUUAUUCUCUGGCACCAUUAAUUUGGCUAACAAUAGCUUACUUUCACGGCGACGCCUACGUAUGUGGUCAAGUCGAGUUCGUAAACCUUCAGCGCUUUCCAGCGCUAAAUAACGUGAGUUUCGCAAGUGACCAGCAGCGGAACGACGUUUUGGCAAAGGUGCCCUGUGAGAACUUGGAGGACCCGUUCCUCGGCCUUGUCUCAAACGAGACGAACGAUGAGCUCCGAAAGGAAAUCGUCACCUUCCUCCGCGCCAAAUCUCAGGACAUGGCAUUAUCGUCAUUAGUGUUGAUAAUAUUCAAUUUUAUCCUCGUGGUUCUUAUGGACCAAUGCAUCAAGAUCCGCCGAGCAAAAAUAGAGACGUUGUUCAAGAACCAGUAUGCUCAGUGCGAGCAGAGGCAGAUCGACGAGAAAUUGGCGGAGUUUGCAAAUCGUCUGGCGGAGCAGAACGCGAUCCGGCUCUUUGAGCACCUGGACAGAGUGAGGCAAGGGAGCGAGAGCUUAUCCCUCCCGCCCGGCUACGAACACCUGGACGACGGCGAAAGCGGCAGCCCCCUCGACCGCCACCGAUUUCCAUCGGAGCGACAGCAGCGGCCACCAGCAUCGAGAGAGCCGGGCGAAGCAUUGCCACUCCUCGCCAUGGAAGAAAGAGAAGCCGACAUUUACCAGGCGACUUAA